GUCAAAAGUUGACAUAUCUUCCAAUUAAUUUUCCACAAUAAACAUUCGUGUUUUGCAAGAAAAUGCCCCGGGAGCUUUACAAUGGAUUGCCUGAACGUUGCUGAGUGGUCCCCGACGCAAGUGGAAGGAUGGCUGAAAGGUUUAGGCGCGCCGGUGGGCGGGUACGCGGCGACGCUGCGCGCGCGCGGGCUGGACGGCGCCAAGCUGCUCAUGCUGCGCUGUGACGACCUGGAGUACCUGGGCAUGCGCACCAUCGGCCACCAGGAGCUGCUGCUGGAGGCCGUGGAGCAGCUGCGCAACUUUGUGAGUGUGUGUGUGUCUGUCAAGCUCAGGGGGGCACGCGGCGGGCUGGACGGCGCCAAGCUGCUCAUGCUGCGCUGUGACGACCUGGAGCACCUGGGCAUGCGCACCAUCGGCCACCAGGAGCUGCUGCUGGAGGCCGUGGAGCAGCUGCGCAACUUUGUGAGUGUGUGUGUGUCUGUCAAGCUCAGGGGGGCACGCGGCGGGCUGGACGGCGCCAAGCUGCUCAUGCUGCGCUGUGACGACCUGGAGCACCUGGGCAUGCGCACCAUCGGCCACCAGGAGCUGCUGCUGGAGGCCGUGGAGCAGCUGCGCAACUUUGUGAGUGUGUGUGUGUCUGUCAAGCUCAGGGGGGCACGCGGCGGGCUGGACGGCGCCAAGCUGCUCAUGCUGCGCUGUGACGACCUGGAGCACCUGGGCAUGCGCACCAUCGGCCACCAGGAGCUGCUGCUGGAGGCCGUGGAGCAGCUGCGCAACUUUGUGAGUGUGUGUGUGUCUGUCAAGCUCAGGGGGGCACGCGGCGGGCUGGACGGCGCCAAGCUGCUCAUGCUGCGCUGUGACGACCUGGAGUACCUGGGCAUGCGCACCAUCGGCCACCAGGAGCUGCUGCUGGAGGCCGUGGAGCAGCUGCGCAACUUUGUGAGUGUGUGUGUGUCUGUCAAGCUCAGGGGGGCACGCGGCGGGCUGGACGGCGCCAAGCUGCUCAUGCUGCGCUGUGACGACCUGGAGCACCUGGGCAUGCGCACCAUCGGCCACCAGGAGCUGCUGCUGGAGGCCGUGGAGCAGCUGCGCAACUUUGUGAGUGUGUGUGUGUCUGUCAAGCUCAGGGGGGCACGCGGCGGGCUGGACGGCGCCAAGCUGCUCAUGCUGCGCUGUGACGACCUGGAGCACCUGGGCAUGCGCACCAUCGGCCACCAGGAGCUGCUGCUGGAGGCCGUGGAGCAGCUGCGCAACUUUGUGAGUGUGUGUGUGUCUGUCAAGCUCAGGGGGGCACGCGGCGGGCUGGACGGCGCCAAGCUGCUCAUGCUGCGCUGUGACGACCUGGAGCACCUGGGCAUGCGCACCAUCGGCCACCAGGAGCUGCUGCUGGAGGCCGUGGAGCAGCUGCGCAACUUUGUGAGUGUGUGUGUGUCUGUCAAGCUCAGGGGGGCACGCGGCGGGCUGGACGGCGCCAAGCUGCUCAUGCUGCGCUGUGACGACCUGGAGCACCUGGGCAUGCGCACCAUCGGCCACCAGGAGCUGCUGCUGGAGGCCGUGGAGCAGCUGCGCAACUUUGUGAGUGUGUGUGUGUCUGUCAAGCUCAGGGGGGCACGCGGCGGGCUGGACGGCGCCAAGCUGCUCAUGCUGCGCUGUGACGACCUGGAGCACCUGGGCAUGCGCACCAUCGGCCACCAGGAGCUGCUGCUGGAGGCCGUGGAGCAGCUGCGCAACUUUGUGAGUGUGUGUGUGUCUGUCAAGCUCAGGGGGGCACGCGGCGGGCUGGACGGCGCCAAGCUGCUCAUGCUGCGCUGUGACGACCUGGAGCACCUGGGCAUGCGCACCAUCGGCCACCAGGAGCUGCUGCUGGAGGCCGUGGAGCAGCUGCGCAACUUUGUGAGUGUGUGUGUGUCUGUCAAGCUCAGGGGGGCACGCGGCGGGCUGGACGGCGCCAAGCUGCUCAUGCUGCGCUGUGACGACCUGGAGCACCUGGGCAUGCGCACCAUCGGCCACCAGGAGCUGCUGCUGGAGGCCGUGGAGCAGCUGCGCAACUUUGUGAGUGUGUGUGUGUCUGUCAAGCUCAGGGGGGCACGCGGCGGGCUGGACGGCGCCAAGCUGCUCAUGCUGCGCUGUGACGACCUGGAGCACCUGGGCAUGCGCACCAUCGGCCACCAGGAGCUGCUGCUGGAGGCCGUGGAGCAGCUGCGCAACUUUGUGAGUGUGUGUGUGUCUGUCAAGCUCAGGGGGGCACGCGGCGGGCUGGACGGCGCCAAGCUGCUCAUGCUGCGCUGUGACGACCUGGAGCACCUGGGCAUGCGCACCAUCGGCCACCAGGAGCUGCUGCUGGAGGCCGUGGAGCAGCUGCGCAACUUUGUGAGUGUGUGUGUGUCUGUCAAGCUCAGGGGGGCACGCGGCGGGCUGGACGGCGCCAAGCUGCUCAUGCUGCGCUGUGACGACCUGGAGCACCUGGGCAUGCGCACCAUCGGCCACCAGGAGCUGCUGCUGGAGGCCGUGGAGCAGCUGCGCAACUUUGUGAGUGUGUGUGUGUCUGUCAAGCUCAGGGGGGCACGCGGCGGGCUGGACGGCGCCAAGCUGCUCAUGCUGCGCUGUGACGACCUGGAGCACCUGGGCAUGCGCACCAUCGGCCACCAGGAGCUGCUGCUGGAGGCCGUGGAGCAGCUGCGCAACUUUGUGAGUGUGUGUGUGUCUGUCAAGCUCAGGGGGGCACGCGGCGGGCUGGACGGCGCCAAGCUGCUCAUGCUGCGCUGUGACGACCUGGAGCACCUGGGCAUGCGCACCAUCGGCCACCAGGAGCUGCUGCUGGAGGCCGUGGAGCAGCUGCGCAACUUUGUGAGUGUGUGUGUGUCUGUCAAGCUCAGGGGGGCACGCGGCGGGCUGGACGGCGCCAAGCUGCUCAUGCUGCGCUGUGACGACCUGGAGCACCUGGGCAUGCGCACCAUCGGCCACCAGGAGCUGCUGCUGGAGGCCGUGGAGCAGCUGCGCAACUUUGUGAGUGUGUGUGUGUCUGUCAAGCUCAGGGGGGCACGCGGCGGGCUGGACGGCGCCAAGCUGCUCAUGCUGCGCUGUGACGACCUGGAGCACCUGGGCAUGCGCACCAUCGGCCACCAGGAGCUGCUGCUGGAGGCCGUGGAGCAGCUGCGCAACUUUGUGAGUGUGUGUGUGUCUGUCAAGCUCAGGGGGGCACGCGGCGGGCUGGACGGCGCCAAGCUGCUCAUGCUGCGCUGUGACGACCUGGAGCACCUGGGCAUGCGCACCAUCGGCCACCAGGAGCUGCUGCUGGAGGCCGUGGAGCAGCUGCGCAACUUUGUGAGUGUGUGUGUGUCUGUCAAGCUCAGGGGGGCACGCGGCGGGCUGGACGGCGCCAAGCUGCUCAUGCUGCGCUGUGACGACCUGGAGCACCUGGGCAUGCGCACCAUCGGCCACCAGGAGCUGCUGCUGGAGGCCGUGGAGCAGCUGCGCAACUUUGUGAGUGUGUGUGUGUCUGUCAAGCUCAGGGGGGCACGCGGCGGGCUGGACGGCGCCAAGCUGCUCAUGCUGCGCUGUGACGACCUGGAGCACCUGGGCAUGCGCACCAUCGGCCACCAGGAGCUGCUGCUGGAGGCCGUGGAGCAGCUGCGCAACUUUCAAUAUGAGACGUCGCGCGAGUGCGUGCAACAGAUGGCGCUGCGAGUGUCUGUGGCGGCGACAGGGCUCGCGCGGGCUUUAGCCGGCGGCUGCGAGCGCCUCGAGACACAGACGCUGAUGGAUGUAGCCAGAGCAGUAGCUGCUGUCAAGGCGCUAGUGUGCUGGCUAGCGCGCUUCCCGCUGUCGGGCGGGCUGCUGCGCGACCGCGCGGCGCACCUGCUGGGGCUGUGCCUGGAGGCGGCGACGUGCGCGCAGCGGGACCGCUUCGCCGAGCAGCCGGCGCGCACCGUGGCCUCCGCCGCCGCCGCCGCCGCCGCCUCCGCCGACACCAUCGUGCAGCACGUGUCGGACUCGUUCGUGCUGGCGCCAGCAACGUUGGAGACAGUGUCGCUGCGUCAGGCCGGCAAGCCGCUCGGGUUCUCCGUGCUGCCAUCUCUGAGCGGACAUUUACAACUGGCCAACAUCCGCUUCGGCUCCCCGGCGCACGCCUCGGGGGCAGUCCACGAGGGGGACGAGAUCGUGCAGGUUGGCGGGCAGUGCGUUGUGGGAUGGAGCGGGUCUGCCGUGGAGAGCGCGUGCGCAGAGCGAGCGAAGGGCGGCGGGGAACUACUGCUGCGACUACGGAGGAGAGGCGCACGUGUGUGCGUGCAGACGCGACGGGACAGGUACGUGUGUGUGUGUGUGUUGGAGCGGUCUGCCGUGGAGAACGCGUGCGCGGAGCGAGCGAAGGGCGGCGGGGAACUACUGCUGCGACUACGGAGGAGAGGCGCACGUGUGUGCGUGCAGACGCGCCGGGACAGGUACGUGUGUGUGUGUGUGUGUUGGAGCGGUCUGCCGUGGAGAACGCGUGCGCGGAGCGAGCGAAGGGCGGCGGGGAACUACUGCUGCGACUACGGAGGAGAGGCGCACGUGUGUGCGUGCAGACGCGCCGGGACAGGUGCGUGUGUGUGUGUGUGUGUUGGAGCGGUCUGCCGUGGAGAGCGCGUGCGCGGAGCGAGCGAAGGGCGGCGGGGAACUACUGCUGCGACUACGGAGGAGAGGCGCACGUGUGUGCGUGCAGACGCGCCGGGACAGGUGCGUGUGUGUGUGUGUGUGUUGGAGCGGUCUGCCGUGGAGAGCGCGUGCGCGGAGCGAGCGAAGGGCGGCGGGGAACUACUGCUGCGACUACGGAGGAGAGGCGCACGUGUGUGCGUGCAGACGCGACGGGACAGGAAGGCGGGCCGCCUGGAGCCGGAGGGCACGCUGGCGCCGCCCGCGCCCGCGCCGGCCGCCGGGGACUCCGACGACGACGAGCCCGCCUCGCCCACGCUACCGCUGGAUCGCAGGAUGUACCCGCCCCCGCCGCGCACGCUCACAGCGCGGCGACACUCCGUGAGCGGCGGUAGCCCCACGGCGCGGCGCCCGCGGCGCGGGCUCGACCAGCUGUGGUGCUCCCUGCAGCAGGCUCGCGUGGACCUGCACUACCGCCGCGACAAGGCGGUGUCCUGCAGCACCGGGCUGGAGCUGUCUCCUCGUCCGCGGACGUGUCCGGCGGGGCCCGCGCCGGUGCCGGGGCCGGGGCCGGGUCCGGCGCCGGAGCCGGCGCGCGAGCCGGCGCGGCGCGACGAGCGGCCGCGGGGCAAGCUCGACAAGAGCCACUCCACGCCCGCCUACGACUUCCAUACCGAGCCGCCGGGACCACUGACGCAGCAGGUGAUCCCCGAGUCGCCGACGACCCCCGCAGACUCUCCCACAGUCUUCGUACACUCCGCCGAGAAGGCCGACCAGAUCCUCGACUUCAAGAAGUCCAGCUCACAGAUAGAAGAGGCUAUACUGCAGAAGAGAAGGCUCACUGAUGAGAAGAAUGAGUUUUCUUUCGGCGAGUCAGAACCGCCAGAGCUGGUCGAAGCUGUCAACGUUAAUGUUGAGGCUCAAGGCCGCGUGAGGAGACUUUCAGCGAAGAGUCCACAGGAGGAGCGGUCCCUGUCCGUGAGCGAGGCGGUGCGCAACAUCCAGGAGUCGCUGGCGCGGGUGGCGCCCCCCGCGCCCGCGCCCGCCCCCGCGUACCCCGCGCUGCGCGCCGUGCCGCCGCCCCCGGCGCCCACUAGUCCGCCGAGACCGCACAAGAUCGACGUGUCGCAGAUCUCCGUUCCGCUCCGGCACCUGACGAAGCACGACCUGCGCGUGCCUCCUGCAGACGCGCCGGCGGAGCCCCCCGCGCAGGGCUCCCCGCAGCCCCCCGCGCAGGGCUCCGCGCAGGGCUCCCCGCAGGCCCCCGCGCGGGGCUCCCCGCACGCCCCCGCGCAGGGCUCCCCGCACGCCUCCCCGCAGGGCCCCGGCCUGCCCGGCCCCCGGCCCGAGGCGUCCGCGCACACCAACGCGCCCACGAGGGGCAUCUUUCCCACAUACAAGUCCAAAAGUCUGAAGAAGAAAAAUUCCCUACUAGCCAAUACAUUUCCUACCUUGGAUCAGUUCAAAGAGUUCUUAACCAGCCGGUACCGAGCUCUAGAGUUUAUUGAGCCGAGAAACGUCAAUAAGGUCACCAGUGCUUACGAGAAACCUUCGAGUAGUGCAAUCAAACAAAAUGUGUUCCAUAUUGCUAGCGCGUCGGUCAUAGCAUAUACAUUUCCUACCUUGGAUCAGUUCAAAGAGUUCUUAACCAGCCGGUACCGAGCUCUAGAGUUUAUUGAGCCGAGAAACGUCAAUAAGGUCACCAGUGCUUACGAGAAACCUUCGAGUAGUGCAAUCAAACAAAAUGUGUUCCAUAUUGCUAGCGCGUCGGUCAUAGCAUUUCACGUUAUAUUCUCGUAA